GUCAGACCGUAUAUCGUAUCGAAAAGUCCGCGGUCACACUGGUACAAAAUUGACUUCAUCGAAAAAAUAAAUAAAUAAAACUAUAACAAGUACUCAAACGUCUUCUAUUCUUUGACUUGACAAUUUUCACCUUCACAUAAGCGUGCGGCCAAUAAAUCCCACGCUACUCAAAGGUAGCUUGUUUACUUAAAACUUAAAAGUAAAGGGUAAUUCAUUUUUAAAACGAAGGUGAAUAUCCGGCCAGUCCGUGUCACUACCAAUGCAAUUCACGGUCGCAAGAUGACCAUCUUCAAUCUGUACAUAUUCGACAAGUGUGGCACGCUGAUGCACUACGCCGAGUGGAAUCGCACAAAGAAAUCCGGCAUAACGCGCGAGGAGGAAGCCAAGCUGACCUACGGGAUGCUCUUCUCCAUCAAGUCGUUUGUGAGCAAGAUCUCUCCCUAUGAUCCCCGCGAGGGCUUCCUCUAUUACAAGACAAACCGCUACGCCCUCCACUACCUAGAAACGCCCUCGGGUCUGAAAUUCGUUCUCAACACAGACACGACCGCUAUAAACGUCAAGGAGCUGCUGCAGCAGCUGUACGCCAAGGUCUGGGUGGAGUACGUAGUGCGGGACCCCCUGUGGACGCCCGGCGCGGUGGUUACCUCCGAGCUUUUCCAUAGCAAGCUGGACGAGUUCAUCAAGCAAUCGCCCAUAUUCGGCAUCAGAAACAUCUAGAGCUAGGUUACCCCUAAGUCAAUAGUAAAUGCUUACCAAAUUCCAA